AUGUCUCAGCAGCAUCAGCGGCAGCAGACCAAAAACUCCAACGGCGAUGAUACUAAUUUCCAUGAUGAUUACCUUUCACAGCUGCUCAAUGAUGACGCUUCAACCGUUGUUCCUUCCCAGCCAGAACAACUCAUUUACUCUCGAUCGGAGCACAGUUUUGUCAAUGACGAUGCCACCACACUGGAAGGUGACGUUUCACAUCUGGCAGCACAUGAUUCGAGUCACAAACGUCGUCAAUCCAAUGACAGAAUGCUUUCAUUACAUUUGAGUCAAUGGAAUUACAACAAUAAUAGAGUAGGACUCAACCGCGGUAUUCAAAGUGCUGAAGAGCUCAUUCAGCUGAUAACACAGGAAAAUGAAACAAGGCCGAUUAACGUACCUCUGAGUUCCACGGAAUACCCCUUGCAUAUAUUAGAAGUCGACUUCAAAUUCAGAGGGAACACAGAUAAUAACGUGAACCUGGACAAAAACGCAAUUGCAAAUCUGUUUGCGGUUCGCGCAAAAACUGCAUUGGGCCAUCUAGAGUCCUUACAAAAACGUGUCGAUGAUACUUCUUCUAAAGUGUUCAUCACCGGUGAUUUGAAUGCCGGCAAGUCUACAUUCUGCAAUGCCCUUUUAAGACGCAGAAUAAUGCCUGUGGACCAGCUGCCAUGCACGAAUGUUUUCUGCGAGAUCCUGGAGGCACGGGAAUACACCGAGGUUGAGGAAGUACAUGCGAUUCCCUUGGCAGUAGCUCCAACUGUGAAAGAAGCUAACACAGCCUACAAUAUACGAGAUAAAUCCACAUACAGAGUUUACCCAAUUGACCAAAUGCCGGAUCUGGUUUAUCGGUCAGACCUGUAUUCUUUGCUCAAGGUCUAUAUCAAAGACGACAAAAGACCUGCGGAUCUCAGUCUUUUACGAAACGGGACCGUUGACAUAUCCUUAAUCGAUUCUCCAGGACUCAAUAUGGACUCCAUUCAGACGACAGAAGUUUUAUCGCGUCAAGAGGAAAUCGACAUGGUUAUUUUUGUCGUCAACUCAGAAAAUCAAUUAACGCUAUCAGGACAAGAAUUCAUACAGGUUGCGAGCAGGGAAAAGAAGCUGAUGUUUUUCGUUGUAAACAAAUUUGAUCAAAUCAGGGACAAAGGGCGUUGUAAAAAGUUAAUCCUUGAUCAGAUCAAGAAAAUGUCCCCUGAGACUCAUAAACAGUCUAGUGAAUUUGUUCACUUUGUCUCCAGCGGCUCAAGGCCUGGAUUUCCUGAAGACAAUGGUCCUGACGGCAACGGUGAUGAAAACGAUUUUGAUGCGUGUGAUCCCGAUUUCGACAGACUGGAAACUUCACUGCGCAAUUUUGUUCUUAAGAAACGGUCUCUUUCAAAGUUAUUACCUGCCAAAACUUACUUGAGCAAGCUUUUGGGGGACAUCUCCGUCAUCGCAAAAUGGAAUUUGGAUAUCGGCGGGCAGGAAAAUAAAAAGUUCAAUGCCGAGUUACAGGCGAUGAAACCCGAAAUAAAAUCAUCAAGUGCUCAGUCGCAGAAGCUUACUGACCGUGUGGACAAGAUCGUUGAGUCUGCAGUUAGUGAUGCAUACGAUUUUACUAAACACAAGAUCAACAAGGCUUUGGAACUUUCAAUAGAAGAUUUUCCCGAUUAUGAGGGGCUGUCACGUAUUUAUGAUUAUGUGCUGCGUUCGAGACAAUACAUUUUGGACCAGAUCAGGGACAGCGUUGGGACUAGCGAAUUCAAGGCCAAAAAUGAAACGUCGAUAAAAGUUGAAGAAAUUCACAUUUGGGGCAAAUCCGAGCUCGGGGAUGAAUUCAUGUCUGAUCGAGAGUUCAAAAGCGAUUUGAUGUUUACUAAGAAAAAGCAUUUGUCGUUGAAAGCACUCGAUGUCCCGUUCGAUAUUCUGGACUUAAUUUCACCAUCGUGGAACGGCUUUCUCGGAUAUUUAAGCUGGGGAUUUUUCGGCGAAGAUAGGUUGGUUGAGAAAGCGAGCGACGUUGGUGAACCUGCGUGGCAUACCACGCUGGGAUUAGGACAGUACUCCGUUUCUAAAUACUGGACCAAUCCUUCGCUUCUGCUCACUUCCAAGAUUCCCGCUCUUGCUGUAUACUCCUGGGGUGGUACACGAGUUUUCACUACCAUUUUGUUUUACGGGUCAAGAUUCUUCUCGUGGCAGGCUGUCAGUCGUCUUUCAUCCUCAGCCCUGAUCCUAGGGUCUGUAAUGGGAAUCGCUUAUUUGGUACAUGAUCUGCCUCGCGCUCUACCUCUCAACCUCUCACAGAAGUAUCGCUCGAAACUACGGGAAGUAGACUACGCUCACCGGAAUGCUAAGCGAAUUUCCGAUGAAGUACGUGACGUGCUUAGAUUUCCAUCCCGGGAAGUGGUUAAAUCUUGCGAAGCUAUACUUGGUAAGAAACAAGCUGCAAGGCGGGAGAUUGAGACCAAGCUGCAAAAUAACAUUCUAUCCUUGAAAUUUUUCAGGGCCUUGGCUCAUCGUGCUGACACUCAAAUGCAAGUGAUCGAAGAAAUUAAUCUUGAUGUUGACUGA